GGAUUACGCUUUACUUUUUACUUGACUGAUAAAGAUUUCGCGCAUCAUGUCGACAACCGUAAAGAGCCUGAAAGUCACCUACAACCCUAUAAAUGCGAAAAACACGUUUACCAAUGGAGACUGCAUUUCGGGUUAUGUCACGCUGGAAGUGGCCAAAGACUGCCAGAUAGACACCCUGUACAUUAAAUUCAAGGGGAAAGCAGAAGUCAGGUGGACCGAGAAACACGGUGAACGUACGGUUGUUUACCACUCCAAGGACAAAUACUUCAGCUACAGGCAAUACUUUAUCCGCGACAAAGAUCACAAAGUUCUGAGUGUUGAGAAUGGUAACAAGACAACACUACUGAGAAAGGAGAAUGGAGAAACAUACAGCAGUGUUAUUGCCCCAGGACGCCAUGUUUACCCAUUCACCUUUCAGAUCCCUCACCAGAAUAUUCCCUCGUCCUUGAAGGGCCAUUAUGGUAAAAUCGUGUACCUGCUGGAAGCAAAGCUGGGCAGAUCAAUGAGGAUAGACAAGACAGAUUCAACCCUAAUCAACUUUGAGGCAAAGCCAGACCCGAACAGCUACCCUGGACUAAUGACACCGCAGCACGGGACUAAGAAUAAGAAAAUGAAUGCUUUCACCUCAGGAUCUGUAUCCAUGGAUGUGAAUCUUGAAAAAUCAGGCUUCACCCAAGGAGAGGGAAUAAAGGUUCUGCUCAGCAUUCAGAACAAGUCGUCUCGGGAGAUCAAGCCCAAGUACUGUGUGUCCAGAAAGAUCAGCUUCUUUGCAAGAGGGAAGAGAAGACUUAAUACUUCAGACCUGUUUAAAGAGGAGGGAGAGCCCAUCCCUCCUUCUUCUAACAAAAAUGUCACACAAGUCCUCCCGAUCCCUCAUGACGUGGAGCCCACCAUCCUCAACUGCAGUAUCAUCAAAAGGGAGUACAGACUCAAGGCCUACCUGGAUGUCAAAUAUGCUUCAGACCCAGAGGUCAAAUUUCACAUCAUCAUCCUGCCGACCUGUCAGGUUUCUUCCAUGGCACCUCCACCUGUUGCAUCUGACUUUGGAUUGCAACCAUUUGGGAGCACCAACCCACCAGCCUGGGGCAUGGGACCACCACAGCCACAGAGCACCAACCCACCAGCCUGGGGCUUUGGACCACCACAGCCACAGAGCACCAACCCACCAGCCUGGGGCACUGCACCACCACAGCCACAGAGCACCAAUCCACCAGCCUGGGGCACUGCACCACCAAUGCCACAGAGCACCAACCCACCAGCCUGGGGCACUGCACCACCAAUGCCACAGAGCACCAACCCACCAGCCUGGGGCACUGCACCACCAAUGCCACAGAGCACCAACCCACCAGCCUGGGGCACUGCACCACCACAGCCACAGAGCACCAACCCACCAGCCUGGGGCACUGCACCACCACAGCCACCAACAGCACCCAACGCUUUUGAUCCCCCACCUCCCUACGGAACACAUGGACUGUACCCUCCUGUUCCAAAUUUCUCCAGUACUGAGAAAAAGUAA